GGAUGGCACUAAUUACAGUGAAUAGGCCCUCGCUAUGGGCGGAGUAUAGGUACAGUUGGAUUGGUUGAGACGGGCACUUGAGUGACCUCACCAAUACACAGUUCAAUUCUCUAUCGCAUUGCAAGUAAUUUAUUGUUUGAAUGUUUGGCGCAUUUGUUUGAGUCGUUUGUGUGAAUCGUUUCAAUCAUUUUUACCGUUAAAUCAUUUUUCGUUUCAAACCUUUGAUUCACUCAUUAAUUAACGUUUUCUCAUAUAUUUGACACAAUUUGACCACAAUUUCUGUUUUCAAUACCUAUUAUUCAACUGAAUCUCAAUUUAACGGCCGAAGAAUGUCUGCAUUGAAUUACGAACAGGAAAACAAUGGUUUGGAUCAGCUCACAGACAAUCGACACAACGCUCUCAAAAUGCAAACCACAGAAAUGAAAGCGAAGUCACGCCAAGUGUUGACAACACCGGCGGCUAAAGGAUUGCUGUCAUCGAAGACACCGUUUGGAAAGUCUUCGCGAAAGGCUUUCGGAAACGUUAGUAAUGUUUUGCGAUCGGAAACAAAGCCGUCGUCGAGUAUAAGCGGCAAAAUGCAGACCAAAGACCAAACGGUUAUGAAAGCCGACCAACAGUUGAAGAACGCGUCCCAAUUGGAUGAGAAGAACGGGUUGACUGGUGUGGACACCAACUCUUCAACUGAUGCCAAGUAUAGUUCGGAAAUAGAAAGCAUGUAUCCAUUGGAAGAGGAAUUAAUGUCUGACACCAAUGAUUCCAUCACAAGAGGUCUCUUCGAUAUCGACGACCAAAUCGUGUUUGGAAUGCAAUUCGAUUCAGAUUUGCCCCAAAGUUUGGCCCCAAAGACACGAACCUUUGAUUUUAAUCAUUUCAUUUAAAUGUCUCUAAAAUGUAUUAACAUUU